AGAACACACCCUAGGCAUGAUAGUAAUAUACGUGUAGAUAUAAUAUCACUGACGUGUCUCCGAAAAGCAUCACUUUGGCGAUUCAUAAUCAUUCUUGAUCAGUGUAAAUUCAAAAGCAGAAGUAUUCUCAUCUCUAGUGAAAAAGGGUGCAUUUUCAAGCCAAGUUAAAUCAUGGCACCAACAUUAACAAGCUUUGUGAAUUCGUUCAACAACAGACUAGACGCGCCAUUGAAACAACACUUGAAAAAUGUCUACGGAUGCCUGUCGUUGUCAACUGUUUCUGCAGGAGUUGGAGCCUACGUGCACAUUUAUACAGAAAUCCUGCAAGCAGGAUUACUGUCCACCUUUGGUGCCUUGGGUCUUCUCUUUGCCCUUCUCUACACACCAGACAAUGGCAAAAAUCAAAAACUCCGCCUCUGCUACCUCCUGGGUUUUGCAUUCCUGUCUGGAUUGGGAAUGGGACCUCUUCUAGAAGCUGUCAUCAGCGUAGAUCCUACAAUUGUUGUCACAGCGCUUAUGUCGACUACUCUGAUCUUCGUGUCAUUCACCAUUUCUUCUCUAAUGGCUGAACGUGGAAGCUGGCUUUAUCUUGGUGGAACUUUGAUCAGUUUGUUAAAUUUGACGGUUCUCUUCUCAUUUGUUAACCUAUUUCUGAGAGUAGCUUUCCUCUACCAGAUUCGUCUGUAUAUGGGAUUGUUUAUAAUGUGCGGUUUCAUCAUCUAUGACACGCAAUUGAUCGUCGAGAAACACGCUAUGGGUAGCAAAGACUUCAUCACGCACUCUCUUGAUCUCUUCAUUGACUUCAUUGGUGUGUUCCGCCAUCUUCUUGUGAUCCUCACACAGAAAGAGCAGCAGGAUCGCAAACGCAAAAACUAAGCUUCUAAACUAUGGACUACCAAGUCCACGAAUUCAAGUAAAUCCAUAAUCUAGAUGUCUUCAUUUAUUUUAUCCAUACCUAGGACUACAGUACAUAAACUUUAAUAUACAAAGUAUACAUACACAAGUAAUGUUUACGCUGGCGGAUCGUAUAGGGAAGAAAAAACAUAAGAAUCUAAUUUUAAUACGAUAAAAGUACUUGAUUAUGCGAAAGAUAUUUUACAGUUACAACAUUUUGAUAAAUUCAGAGUUCAUUGGUUCUUGAGAGUGUGAAGUGUAUCUAUUUUAAAUCCACACAUCUGAAUUUUUCUCUGUUAGUUUCUUAAUAUGACUAGAUACUUUUUCGCUAAUAUUAAUCUAUAAAUUAUUGUACUAUAUUUUUAUCUUUCAAUAAAUAAAAUUUCAUAGUUUCUCUAAA